GUUGUAUGCUUGGUUUAUGUUGUAUUGGUUUGGUUGUGUAUGUUGUAUGGAUCACUGAGAAUAUUCGAACUUUCGUUUAUGUGAGGGACUUGGUCGCACAGUUGGAAAAAUGCAAGAAAAUGCACAUUUUUAUCACUCUGACCCUGGUGGCUACCGAUACCGUGAAACCUGGGUGAAACAGCCAGUGCAGCGUUGAAAUAUGGAAGGUUUCAAUUCAUUUUCUAUGCCAAUGGUCCUAAAAUCAAAUUGAAUUUUUUCGUCCACUUAAGUUUCAUUUGUUUGCUAUGAAGUUUUGUCAGAAUGGGUCAUUUUACUGCGUUUUAAUGUUCUCGUGGAUAAGCAGCUUUCAAGGUGUUCUGUGCAACUAAGUCAUGACUGAGGUUCAUAUCACUGGAAAUGCAAUCAUGGAGGUGUGUCUGGUCUGUAAACAUGGAUUGGUCAAUGCCAAAGACAUUCAUGAAUCUCGCACAUCAUUUUCGAAGACUCUGCUUGCUGUAAAGCUUGGCAAAAUAAUCCAGUCACCAUUCCGCAAAGAGGAAGAUCAUGUGUACCGAAUCUGCAAUGCCUGCACGGAGCUGGUGAACGAGAUAGAUCAGUGCGAGAUAAAACUUAUGGCACUGGAAAAUGAGGUGAAGCUCAAGUACAAGAUGCCGUUCCCGAUCGAGGUGCACAGUCGGUCCAGCCAGCAACAGGACGCCGUGGCGGAGGAGGCGGCCGCCGUCGGCACGGUCCCGGAGCCGGCCGACGAGCCGGCGGCCGGGUCUGGGCCGAGCGCGGCCGGCGCCGCGCCCCACCAGGAGGUGACCGUCACCGGCGGCCAGCUGCAGCCCGCUCAGAUCUGCCAGGUGCUCGACGCCGCCGGCGUGGACACCGGCGAGACGUACAGCAUCGAAGUCGUGGACUCGACGGAAUCGCUGUCGAAGGGAGAUCACGUGGCCUUCAGCGAUUCGCUGGGCGAGAGCAUUAUUCUCUACGAGCAGGAGGACGGCUACACGGAGCAGCAGCUGGUGGAGCUGGACCACGUGCCCUACAGCGUCCAGCUCAGCGACGACAUCGAGACUUCUGACAUGACCACCAUCAUCGAACGGAAGCCGCGCCGGCGUCUGAAGCGGCGCCGCUGGGGCAACGAGAGCGGCUACUUCUGUGACGUGUGUGACGCCACGUUCAGCUCCUUCCCCGAGCUGCAGGUUCACCGUCAGACACACGCCUCGGCUGAGACUUUCAACUGCCGCUACUGCAAACACAUCGCCCGGACCAAGAUCAAGCUGCAUCGGCACAUGCAGGAGAAUCACAAGGACCGCAUGAUACCGUGCCCUUACUGUGAGAAACGCUUCCCCGAAAAGUGUAAUCUCACGCGGCACAUAGCUAUCCAUCAGGACCCGAAGUUCAUCUGCGAGAUCUGCUCGCGGCCAUUCCACUCCAAGGGAGACUUGGGCAAGCACAUGGUGUUCCGACACACCACCGAGAAGAACUUCCCGUGCCCGGACUGCGACUCCAGCUUCAAGACCAGCUGGAUGAUGAAGCGCCACCUGUCGCGGGUGCACGCCAGGCUCUGAGCAGCGCCGGCUGGCGGCCGUCACCCCAGCGGCGGGCCCACUACAGCUACUGGAGGGCACGGGACCGUACCGGGCGACUGUUGACACGUGGACCAAAGACGCGCUCGGUGUGCGUGCCUCCAUGGCGAUCGUGGAGCGACAGAGCCAGUGUCAGUGCACGGUGCGCGAGCUGAGGGACGCGGGGGCGUCUCCACCCCGCCGAGAUCGGUCGGUAUGCAGCUGUGAGCGCCGCUGAACGACCCUCGGUGAGGUGCGACACCCCAUGGGACGUGGGACGCUCCGCUGAGCACAGAGUGUCGGGUCAGCCUGAGAUGGCUGACGUUUCCUUUGUCGUGGCUGAUGUGUGGCCCUCUGACCACGGCCAGACCAAAAAGCCACGUCUGUUGCGGACGGUUAGUGGAAAGCUAUUGUCAGAACCAUGCUUACAGUUCCUGGAAUUCGGUUGGAGUUGAGGUGAGAGAUAAAAGAUAACGAAAAAUUUGGGGGCAUGUAACGCUUUCUUGGGGUAGCAAUUGCUUCUUACAAACGUGCAUAUUGUUUGUAACAUUCACAUCAAAACGUUAUUUUGAGAAAAAUGUCAUUUAUUUAAUGGUUUCCUUAGGGUAGGUACCUACCUAAUUAAUGAACAGAUUGGCAUGAUCAAGCGUUUUCAAGAUUUUGAAUACAUGGCGUUGAAGAGGAAGCGUUACAGGGCCAGUUUCAAUUGAUAACAUUACUGAUCAAUAAUCUUUUGAACUUGAAACGUUUGUGAAGCUUUCUGGAAAAACUUAUAGGACUUUUUCAUUAGAAACUUGUGCAUAGCAUGAUUGUGUAUGCUUCGGGCCAGCGCCAUCCGAAUCCUGGGAUCACUAGCCACUGGCUGUCCCAAAUGUGUCAGAUAUCAUCGCGGCGACAGAUGUUCAUCUCACAGCACGUACGAACGUGGUACACGCGAAUCCGAGCGCCUUUGUGUAAAGUUCAUCAGCGGUUUUGGUGUGUAUGCGUUUUUGUAUGAGAGAGUAAUUAUGAUUGCGUUCAAUAUUGUCUGCUUGUACUUCAUCUUGGCAUGAGAGAAUUUGAACAUUCGUAAGAAGUUCAACCUAGAGGUUCUGUUCGAUUGUAUGCUUCCGAAAUACACUUUUGGUUAAAUGAUAA